GUUCUUCUCCCGGUUUUCUCACAACCAAAUGGAGCGAGAAGGGGUCCCACCUCCUCCGCCUCCUCCGCCGUCACCAACUACUGCAACCACUAUCCUCGGCAAGUACCGGUUGGGCCGGUUCUUGGGCUCGGGCAGCUUCGCAAAGGUGUAUGAGGCCCAAUCCCUUUCCGACGGCUCCACCGUCGCCGUCAAGAUCAUCGACAAGAAGUCGAAGACCUUCGACGCCGCCAUGGAGUCUCUGAUCAUCGGAGAGAUCGAGGCCAUGCGCCGUCUCAAACACCACCCCAACAUCCUCAGAAUCCACGAGGUCAUGGCCACCAAGACCAAGAUCUUCCUCGUAAUGGAGCUCGCCGCCGGCGGCGAGCUCCUGAAGAGGAUCAAAGGAAAGAAGAUCAUGAAGGAAUCGGAAGCUCGCCGCCACUUCCAGCAGCUCGUGUCCGCCCUCCGAUUCUGCCACCGGAACGGCGUCGCCCAUCGCGACGUGAAGCCGCAGAACCUCCUCCUCGACCGCGAUGGGAGGCUCAAGGUCUCCGACUUCGGCCUCUCGGCGCUGCCGGAGCGGAUCAAGAACGGGAUGCUCCACACGGCUUGCGGCACGCCGGCGUUCACCGCGCCGGAGAUCCUCUUCCGCCGCGGAGGCGGAUACGACGGUGCGAAGGCCGACGCCUGGUCCUGCGGCGUGAUCCUCCACGUGAUGCUCGCCGGCCGCCUUCCUUUCUCGGACCUAAACCUCGCCGGAAUGUGUAAGCAAAUUCACCGCCGCGAAAUCGAUAUCCCAGAUUCGAUCUCAAAAACCGUGAGGAAGCUGAUCUACGGCCUCCUCGAUCCGAACCCUGGCACGAGGAUCAGCAUCGAGAGGUUGGUGGAGCUGCCGUGGUUCAAGAAGUCGCUACCGCUGGAGCCGGACAAUCCGAUAUACAAGUGCGAUCGGGAUUACGAUCUGGUGGCGGCGAACGCGUUCGAGAUAAUAUCGCUAUCGUCGGGGCUGGAUCUGUCGGGGCUGUUUGGGGCGCGGCGGAAGGAGAGGCGGUUCGCGACGGGAAUGACGGCGGAGGAGGCGGUGGAGGGGUGAAAUGUGGGGAUGGGGAAGGGGAGAGUGGCGGUGGUGGCGGCGGCGGUGGAGGUUGCGCCGGGGUUGGUGUUUGGGGAGGUUAGGGUGGCGGAGAGCGGCGGAGAGAUUGGGGAGGCUCAGUGGGAGGAGCUCAUCGCCGGGAUUGGAGAGGCCGGUCUUUCGUGGAUAAACGACGCCGCUUGAGCACCUUAACCUUGAGGAAAACGACGCUGUCGUAGAGCCCGUUGAGAAACGCCGCCGUUUUGGUGCUUGAGCUUAAAGAAACGACGCCGUGCUAAAGCUUAAGCGUAAAGGAACGACGACGUUUGAGGGAGAAGCGAAGCGCGGGAAGAAGUUUAGAAUGCAUCGGAAACGGGAUAUAUUGUUUUGCACGGACGGCGGAUUAUUCAUCUUUGUACAUGUCGUCGACGAUAAUUUAGGUUCUUUUUUUCGUAAAUGAAGAAGAUUUUCGUUAGUUUGUUCCUAGUAUGACUUAAUUCUUUGUUUGUUUUUUGUUUUUGUUUUUCUGUUUGUUUUUUUAAUGUUCAAGCUAUAGUGUGAUGAAUAAGAUUAGUUAACUGGCCGUUCAGGUUGUUGAUUUGUGGAAA